AGGAGGCUAACCCUCUCUCUCUCAUCCUUGAGCGGACGCGUUUCGGGCUCAUCUGGACGGAGGUGCAUUCUAAUGAGCCACCCGCUCUGCAACCACUACGCCGCUCUCCUCUCCUCCGCCGCCGCCGGACGCAGCGGGGCGCGCGUGGCCGGCGCGGUCCACUGCCUCAUCCUCAGGACGCUGCCGCACCCGCAGCCCGUACACCUCCUCAACCACCUGCUCACCGCCUAUGGCAAGGCCGGCCGCCACGCGCGCGCGCGCCGCCUGUUCGACGCAAUGCCCCACCGCAACCUCUUCACCUACAACGCGCUCCUCACCACGCUCGCCCACGCCAGGCUCCUCGGCGACAUGGAGGCGCUCUUCGCGUCCAUGCCGGAGCGCGAUGUCGUCUCGCACAACGCGCUCGUCGCCGGCUUCUCCGGCGCCGGCGCGCACGCGCGGGCGGCUCGGGCGUACCGCGCGCUGCUCCGGGAGGACACCGGCAUCAGGCCUAGCAGGAUCACGAUGUCGGCCAUGGUCAUGGCGGCGUCGGCCCUGGGCGACCGCGCCCUCGGCAGGCAGUUCCACUGCCAGAUCCUGCAGCUUGGCUUCGGGGCGUACUCUUUUGUCGGGAGCCCGCUGGUAGAUAUGUAUGCAAAGAUGGGCCUCGUCGGGGAUGCCGAGCGGGUCUUCGUUGAACUGGAGGGCAAGAACGUCGUGAUGUACAACACCAUGAUCACUGGGCUGCUCCGGUGCAAGAUGGUUCAGGAGGCGAGGCGGUUUUUCGAGGUGAUGACGGACAGGGAUUCCAUUACUUGGACCACGAUGGUUACGGGAUUGAUGCAGAAUGGGUUGGAGUCUGAGGCUUUGGAACUUUUCAGGAGGAUGAGGGUACAGGGCAUCGCCAUUGAUCAGUACACCUUCGGAAGCACCCUUACGGCCUGUGGCGCCCUUUCAGCCUUGGAGCAGGGGAAACAGAUCCAUAACUACGCAAUCAGGACUUUUUACGAUGAUAAUGUCUUUGUUGGGAGCGCGCUUGUUGACAUGUACUCAAAAUGCAGGAGCAUCAGACUGGCAGAAACUGUGUUCAGGAGGAUGACGUUCAGAAACAUCAUCUCAUGGACUGCAAUGAUUGUUGGAUACGGACAGAAUGGAUGCAGCGAGGAGGCUGUGAGGGCCUUUUCGGAGAUGCAAAGAGACGGCAUUGAUCCUGAUGACUUCACCCUUGGAAGUGUAAUAAGUUCUUGCGCUAACCUAGCAAGCCUGGAGGAAGGUGCUCAGUUCCACUGCCUAGCUAUUGUUUCAGGGUUGAUGCCGUAUAUCACAGUGUCCAAUGCACUAGUUACCUUGUACGGCAAGUGCGGCAGCAUUGAGGAUGCGCACAGAUUGUUUGAUGAAAUGUCGUUCCACAAUCAGGUAUCCUGGACAGCCCUUGUCUCUGGGUAUGCUAAAUUUGGGAAGGCAAAAGAAACUAUUGAUUUGUUUGAGAAGAUGUUAUCUAAGGGUGUAAAACCUGAUGGGGUAACAUUUAUUGGUGUCCUUUCUGCCUGUAGCCGUGCUGGAUUUGUAGAGAAAGGGCGCAGCUACUUUUAUUCCAUGCAGAAGGACCAUGGUAUUGUGCCCAUAGAUGAUCACUACACAUGUAUGAUUGACUUGUAUAGCAGAUCAGGGAGGUUAAGAGAGGCUGAGGAGUUCAUAAAGCAAAUGCCGAUGCGCCCUGAUGCAAUUGGAUGGGGCACAUUGCUGAGCGCUUGCAGGUUGCGUGGUGACAUGGAAAUCGGCAAAUGGGCUGCUGAGAACCUCUUAGAGAUCGAUCCCCAGAACCCCGCUAGCUACGUAUUGCUGUGCAGCAUGCAUGCUGCUAAAGGCCAAUGGAAUGAGGUUGCCCAGCUAAGGCGUGGGAUGAGGGACAGGCAAGUGAAGAAGGAGCCAGGCUGUAGCUGGAUCAAGUAUAAGAAUAAAGUUCACAUCUUUUCAGCUGAUGACCAGUCUCAUCCCUUCUCCAAGGGGAUUUAUGAAAAGCUUGCGUGGCUCAGCUCCAAGAUUGUUGAAGAAGGAUACAGACCUGAUGUCAGUUCUGUGCUGCAUGAUGUGGCAGAUGCUGACAAGGUUCACAUGCUCAGCCAUCACAGCGAGAGGCUUGCAAUUGCCUUUGGAUUAAUGUUUGUUCCACAGGAAAUGCCAAUUCGUAUCGUCAAGAAUCUGCGGGUUUGUGUAGAUUGUCACAAUGCUACCAAGUUCAUAUCUAAGAUAACUGGGCGUGAUAUUCUUGUGAGGGAUGCUGUCAGAUUCCACAAGUUCAGCAAUGGCCUAUGCUCUUGUGGAGACUUCUGGUGAUGGCAGUCUUUCUUGUUCUGACCAUUCAUCCAAGUACGAAGUUUGACUGGGAAUUAUUAAUGAGCAAAAGGAAAACAAAUAGCUGAGUGAAGCCUGAAGCCAAACAUUGAUUGCAUACUGUGGUGGCUACCAGCUAGCUUUAUGCUCUUUCGGAAAAAUAUGUCAGUUGACUUUGUGGGAUUUGUUUGAUGGUAUGCACGAAAGCUGAAAUUAGUAACCGGCCGUGUUCCUUGGCUGUCCAGGGUUGAAAGAGAUGGUUUUCCUGAUGAUUGUGCAGUUCUGGAAGUUCAUUGGUUUUGAUCUUAAAUCAGCUUCCUAAUUGUUGAUGGUUAUCCCUGAUGAUUGUGCACUUCUGGAAGUUCAUUGGUUUUGAUCUUAAAUCAGCUUCCUAAUUGUUGAUGGUUAUGCCUUUUGGCAGCCAAAGUGUGAAGCUGUUUCCUGCUAUGUCAUACAGAACAUCCUCUUAGUAGUAUAUAUAUAUUCACUCAAUUAAUCUAUCUUUACUUUGUUUGAUCAACAUGCACGCACUACUUAUUAUUAUAACACUACUGAUGCACUACUACUGCUGCUGUCUGUGUUACAGCUAUGGGACCAUGAAUGCGACUUGCAGCUUGACGACCAAGAACCUCACCUCCCGACCAAGAAGACGAAUGUUGUCUGGGAACUACCCGCCGGUUUCAAGCACUACACCCUGGCUCGGCUCACAAUCCUUGGCUUUUACGACACUGGAUCACAAGGCAUUGUCGCCUUCUUACGCUCUAUGAUGCAAGCAGCGGUUCAUCUGGAGGAGAUACACAUAUGCGAGAAGGCGCCAUGCGAUGAGUGUGAGCUCACAAAAACAGGGUCGUUCCCACGAACUGACCAUGACAAAGACGCGUUGAGAGAGCGCAUCUCCGGUGGUAGAUCCACGGCCUUCAAAAUAUAUAUUCAACCAUGCAUCUUAAGCAACGACCAUUGAUGUUUAGUCAGUAUAGUAUUUGUGUAUGCGCGAGAACAAUAUAAUCUAGAGUUGUUGUAGGCAACAGAGAAGUGUGUUUUGAAGUGGUAUAUAUAUGUUGUCGGUACCUAGCUAGGCUAGGGCCUUCCUUAUUUGAUACCGAAAA